UCAUGUCAACAUGGCGGACCUUUCGGACAGCGAGGUAAUAAGUGUCUCUGCGUAUUUCAAAGACCUGCAUGAGUGGAGUUAUCGAUGUGAAGGAGCCUGGACUUUGGUUGUGUCACUUCGAAAGUUGAAAGCUGUCUUGCGUUUGCGAAAGCGCUUUCGGCGCUAUGGUAAUAAUUCAGUUCCCAAAUCAGAUCAAGAUGGUAAAUGCGUGCGAGAGACCUUACAAAACCUUGAAUUCGCCAAGCGCGUUAUGCUGCCGCUGAUGGGAAAGGAAUAUGUGCGCGUGGGAAAAGUGAUUUCUGUUCCCGAAGUUUUUAUAGCAUCGAUGAACGAAAUAUGCUGGGGCUUGCGUCCCGAUCACAGACUCCAAAAAGAGAUUGAUGAAAGUUGUUUAUGGGGUGUAGUCAUGCCAGAUUUCUGCUUUCUUCCCGCUGGUGGAAUACCCUCUUUAGAGAGAGGGAAAGAAACGAACCAUUCAACCUUCUCAGUGGAAUUAAAGCCAAAGUGUGGUUUCCUUCCCUCGUCAAAGUACAUUGAUCCCAGUAGAGUAACAAAGUUUACUACCUGCCAGUAUUGUAUGCUUCAGAAAUCGAAAGUCAAAGAAGGAAAAUACAAAAGAGAAAGUAAUUAUUGUCCUUUGGAUUUAUUCUCGAGGGAUAGGGGGAGAGUUAUGUACGCCUUUGAGUGUCUGGUGUCUAAUCCACAAAAUAACCUUCGUGUCUUUUGUGACGGCGUUACGAUAUUCACAGAUGAAAUAGUCCAGGGAUGUAUUCAAGAAGAAAGUGUGUGUUGUGCUGAGUGGUGUCUCGAGACGGCGCUACAAAAGGCAAAUUUUUUAAUGGACCUAACAACGGCAGAUACAUUGGGUGUAAACUCUACAAAAGAGUGCCAUGAUCUGACCAAUUGUGUGACAACCGAGAUAAAAGAUUGCGUGACAACCAGGAUAAAAGAUUUUGUGACAACAAAGGGUAGCAAAAUGGAAGAUAGUGAGACAAAAGAGAAGGGUCAGCAUACCUUGACAGCAGAUGAAAAAGAGGGAGAAAACAUUACUACACAUGUACAUGAAUGCGGCAAUGUUGGUCCCUCUUCAAGAAAAUUUCUGGAAAUUUUGUUGAAAAUUUUCAUACAUGACUCAAGCAGAAGCCAGCCCAAGCCAAGCAAUAUGAUUAACUCCCCAAACACUUCCAUGUGUAGAAGGAGUAAGUUUUCUGAGUCAGAGUUCAAUAUUCAAAGUAGUCCUGACCAUCGGUUGUUCGGGAAUGGAGGAGUCCUACAAAACCUUUUGUCAGUGCAGAAAUUAGAUGACUUAGAUGUGGAGGGAAUUUACCCCCUGUACAAGAGAGUGCUAAAUUACCUUCAAUCCAACCCAGGACUUAGAGAAAGUCUUGGUGUGGAUGGUCCUUUCACUGUGCCUUUAUGGCAAAGGGUUGCCUCUUCUCUUCAUAGUAACAUCUUGGAUACUAUUUCAUCAGAACCUUCAUCUACAGAUCUAAACUCGAAUCUCAAUGACAGACAGAACCUAAAUGAUGCACUACUGAAGAUCUGUCAGUUUGCUGUUGCCUCCACUGCAAAGGAUUGCUCUGUGAUGGUAUCUUUUCAGAGGGCAUCAAAGAAAGAAGCUUCUCUACCAGCCAUUGAAAUUACUUGUGGUGAUUUUUAUCAUUACAACAUUGAUCUAGUUGAUUUGGAUCCCAAGGAAUUUGAUCGAGUCUUGAAAUACUACAACGACAGCAGAAAAACUGUGGAGGUUUUCCUCCAUCAUUAAUUGAAAAUAUCUUCUUCACCAUCGUAAUCAGUAUCGUUAUCAUGAUCUUGAGUAUCAUUUCCAUUACUGUUACUACCAGCUGUUUGGGUUGAGUGACACCUGCACUGUGUUCUACUACAGGUAGGGUAGUGGUCAAAAUCCCCUUUAACCUCUUCCAAGCAUUCAGUUGUCAAAAUGGAGCAGAAUAGUAAACCCUGCAAUACAUUGGAGUAACAGCAGAGUGAAAAAGUGCAGGAGGUUCGAGUGGACCCAACCCUAAACCUCCCUUGCCAUUUACCAUUGCUGUUUCUUUUACCUAGUGAAUGUCUUGAAUUUCUUUUUGUGUAUUCCAUAUCAUGCACAUUAAAAGAAAUAAU